AUGGGAGGCCUCGAACACUACCGCAUGGCGAUGGACCCGGCCAUCCAGAAGCUUGGGGCCAUGCAAUCGAACCGCUUCAGAUACUUCCGUUGGACCCCACGCACGGCCUGGAUCACCUUCGCCUACGUCGUCGCUGUGCCUUCGAUUGUCGGAGUCAUUGCCUACAGGACAGAUGGACUCUGGGAUUUGCGGGCGAAGAGAAAGGGAGACUCUACGCGGGAAUGGUAG